CCCGCCACCCCCCGUCGUCCCCGGGUCGCGGCGACGUGCGCAGGCGCGAUCAGCGCGGGGACUAGCGGGACGCUGCGGACGGCAGACAUGUCGGGGGUCCGGGCUGUGUCACGGCUGCUGCGCGCCCAGCGCCUGGCGCUGACCUGGGCGCAGCCAGCAGCAUCACCCACAGGAGCCCGCAGCUUUCACUUCACUGUUGAUGGCAAUAAGAGGUCGUCGGCCAAAGUUUCAGAUGCGAUUUCUACGCAGUACCCAGUAGUGGAUCAUGAAUUUGACGCAGUGGUGGUUGGUGCCGGAGGGGCAGGCCUGCGAGCUGCGUUUGGUCUCUCUGAGGCCGGGUUUAACACAGCCUGCGUUACGAAGCUCUUUCCCACCAGGUCGCACACUGUUGCAGCCCAGGGAGGCAUCAACGCUGCCCUGGGGAACAUGGAGGAGGACAACUGGAGGUGGCAUUUCUACGACACUGUGAAGGGCUCCGACUGGCUGGGGGACCAGGACGCCAUCCACUACAUGACAGAGCAGGCCCCCGCCUCCGUGGUAGAGCUGGAGAAUUACGGCAUGCCGUUCAGCAGAACCGAAGACGGCAAGAUCUACCAGCGCGCCUUUGGUGGACAGAGCCUCAAGUUCGGGAAGGGCGGGCAGGCCCAUCGGUGCUGCUGCGUGGCCGACCGCACUGGCCACUCACUGCUGCACACGUUGUACGGAAGGUCUCUGCGGUACGAUACCAGCUAUUUUGUGGAGUAUUUUGCCUUGGAUCUCCUGAUGGAAAACGGGGAGUGUCGUGGGGUCAUCGCCCUGUGCAUCGAAGACGGGUCCAUCCACCGCAUCAGAGCCAAGAACACUGUUGUCGCUACCGGAGGCUACGGCCGCACAUACUUCAGCUGCACGUCCGCCCACACCAGCACCGGAGAUGGCACCGCCAUGGUCACCAGGGCGGGCCUUCCCUGCCAGGACCUGGAGUUCGUGCAGUUCCACCCUACAGGCAUCUACGGCGCUGGCUGUCUCAUCACAGAGGGGUGCCGCGGAGAGGGAGGUAUCCUUAUCAACAGCCAGGGUGAGAGGUUCAUGGAGCGCUAUGCCCCCGUCGCAAAGGACCUGGCAUCCAGGGACGUCGUGUCCCGGUCCAUGACUCUGGAAAUCCGGGAAGGAAGAGGCUGCGGCCCCGAGAAGGACCACGUGUACCUGCAGCUGCACCACCUCCCCCCUGAGCAGCUGGCGGUGCGCCUGCCUGGCAUCUCAGAGACGGCCAUGAUCUUCGCGGGUGUGGACGUCACCAAGGAGCCGAUCCCCGUGCUCCCCACCGUGCACUAUAACAUGGGCGGCAUCCCCACCAACUACAAGGGGCAGGUCCUGAGGCACGUCAACGGCCAGGACCAGGUGGUGCCCGGGCUGUACGCCUGCGGAGAGGCUGCCUGUGCCUCGGUGCACGGUGCCAACCGCCUGGGGGCAAACUCGCUCCUGGACCUCGUUGUCUUCGGCCGGGCUUGUGCCCUGAGCAUCGCGGAGUCCUGCAGGCCAGGAGAUAAAGUUCCCUCAAUUAAACCAAAUGCUGGGGAGGAAUCGGUCAUGAACCUUGACAAACUGAGAUUUGCGAACGGAACCAUAAGGACAUCGGAGCUGCGGCUCAGCAUGCAGAAGUCGAUGCAGAGCCACGCCGCAGUGUUCCGCGUGGGCAGCGUGUUACAGGAAGGCUGUGAGAAGAUCCUCGGGCUCUACGGAGACUUGCAGCAUCUGAAGACGUUUGACAGAGGAAUGGUCUGGAACACUGACCUGGUGGAGACCCUGGAGCUGCAGAACCUGAUGCUUUGCGCCCUGCAGACCAUUUAUGGGGCGGAGGCCCGGAAGGAGUCCCGUGGCGCUCACGCCAGGGAGGAUUUCAAGGAGCGGGUUGACGAGUACGAUUACUCCAAGCCCAUCCAGGGGCAGCAGAAGAAGCCGUUCCAGGAGCACUGGCGGAAGCACACGCUUUCCUAUGUCGAUGUCAAGACCGGGAAGGUCUCUCUGGAAUACAGACCCGUAAUCGACAAAACUUUGAAUGAAGCUGACUGUGCCACUGUCCCCCCAGCCAUCCGCUCCUACUGAGGAGACCGGCCUUACCAGCUCUUGUAAUUAUGUAUAAUAGCUCACACAGUGUUCAUGUCACAACUGCCUUCUUCAGUUCUGCCCUCGAGCGACUGAGGUGCCGCUUGAUAGAGAUGGUCUGCCCGAGGCCGGUCGCAGCCAGGAGGUGCCCCGCUUGCCUUUGUCCCUGCUUCGUUCUUGUGAAAUAAUAAAACUGGGCACAAUUCCCAAGUGAAACACCA